CUUUAGUUUGAGAGGAAAUUUCAAAUAUUUUGUUUUGUUUGAAUCAAGCCAAAUAAUUUUCGCAAAUUUAUUUAGUUUUAAAUAUGAGUGAUCAAAUUAUUUUAACAAAAAUUGCUAAAUUAGCAAAUACGCAAGAAAUAUCGUGUGAUAAUAAAAAUGUAACGUUCGAGUGCAAGGGUAAAAAAUGGUUACUUUUAGAUGGCUACAAGGAUGAUGCAAAAAAUAUAUUUCAACUUAUACAAAAAUGUGGCCAACAUAGGCCCAAAGAUUUUGGAUUUGCUUCAACUUAUGACGGAUAUUUUGUGGUUGUCUACAGAAAUAUUAUACGCCAUAAAAAGGAUGAUUUCUUUGACCGACUAACGGAGGAGCUACUUGAUACAGUGUAUCCAUAUUUAAAAAAACAUGCAUCUUCAUCCUCUGUUAGGGAAAAUAAAGUUUUAAAAACAUACGUAACCACCCGACUGUUUGAAGCAUUACAACUUAAACAUACAGAAGUAAUGAGACAAGAUUUAACCAAUGCUGCACAGCGUAGUUUAUCACUGCCUUCAAGAUUUCUGCCAACUUUAUGUGAAUAUCAGAAAAAAAGCAUUUUAUGGUUGCUGAAAAGAGAACUAGAUCAGGAAUCCUUUCCAGACUUUUUUGAAAAACUUACGGCCAAGGAUAACGAGACUACGGUAUAUAAACAUUUAUAUUCUCGUUAUAUACUUGCCGAUCCUCCUGAUGAUUUGGUAUUACCUCCUGGUGGUAUUUUAGCUGAUGAAAUGGGUUUAGGUAAAACUGUGGAAAUGCUGGCAUUGAUUUUAUUAAAUUCCUGUCUUGAAAUCAACUUAAGCCCAAGAAUGGAGACGUUCUUUUCAAACACAAUGGCAAAACGUAAAUGCCUUGAUUAUAAAUUAUUUUGCAUUUGUAAUUCCAAUUCAAAAUUAAACACCAUACAAUGUCAAAAAUGCCAGCUAUGGCAACAUCAAGACUGUGUCAAUUUCUUUGCUUCUGAUAUGGACAACGAAGAGGUCAAUACGCCAUAUUUAUGUCCUAGCUGCUGGCAGCUUGCGGUAAAAGAAUAUGGUUUGUUAAAAACAAAAGCCACAUUUAUAGUUUCACCCAAUACCAUUAAAAUGCAAUGGGCUUCGGAAAUUAAACGUCAUAUACAGCCAACUUUAAAAGUUUUUAUUUAUGAGGGUGUUUUAUCGGGAAAAUGGAUAAGUCCCCGCCAGCUGGCAGAUUACGAUAUAGUACUCACGGACUACAAUAUAUUAAGAGGCGACGUUUAUUUCACCCAAGAUAAUGUCAGUGAACGUUCAACUCGCAAUAAACCACGUUCAAUGCGAGCCAAUACACCCAUUCUUAUGUUGGAUUGGUGGAGAGUGCUACUGGAUGAAGCUCAAAUGGUAGAAUCUAAAACCUCAAAGGUUGCUUCAUUAGUUCGUAUGAUACCCGCCAUACAUCGUUGGGCUGUUACUGGCACUCCCAUACAGAAUUCGCUUAACGAUUUACAACCUUUACUACAAUUUAUUGGCUUCGAGGCCGCCAGCGAACCUUACGUCUGGCAACAAAUAGUCAGUGAUUUCGUGCAUCAACAUGAGCAACAGCUGGAGAAUAAUAAUGCAAUUGCCUCCACCUGCCCAGCCAUGAUAGACAUUUUACAAAAAUGUAUGUGGCGUACCUGUAAAACACAGAUAACUUCAGAGUUGAACAUACCACCACAAGAAGAGAUUGUACAUCGCAUACAAUUCGAUAAUUUAGAAAAACUCUUCUAUAAUGAACAGCAUGAAGAAUGUCGUAAUAAAUUCUUAGAAAAUGUCCAUAAGUACAGUAAGAGAAUGACCGCAAUAUCACCACAAGUUAUGAAUAUUAUUUUACAGCCCUUUUUAAAGAUCCGCCAAACCUGCUCUAUACCAGUUGUGGUGGCAACUUCUAAUGUCAACAGGAAUAACAAUUUCAAUUCUCAGCAACAAAAACAAUUUUUGCAACCACAAGAGCUGCACGAUUAUUUGAAAUCAACAAAUGAGAUUUCUUGCAAAUCGGAAUUACGUGCCAUGGCUUCAUCGCAUAAUGGUUUAGCAGCUUUAUAUUUUUUGCAAAAAAAAUAUGACGAGGCAAUCAAAAAUUAUAAAGCAGUAUUAAAACUGGCUAACGAUUACAGUGAUAUGAAUAUAGCUGUUGACAGCUUAUUACAAAUACAUGCACUGCACAAUCUAAUGCAAAUUAAAAUCAUACAAUCGAAUAUUUCUAAAAUAAAUUUGGAAAAAUAUGAAAAACAAUAUAAUCAAUUAGAAUGGAAGUACUUAAGUGCGUAUGCCAGUACUUUAACAACAGUUAAAAGUGGCUAUGAAGCAGCAGUGGACAAGUUGAGUGCAGAGAUCUCAGAAAAUUUCAUAAUAACAAUGGCUGAUGGUCUUGAGACACUCUCGUCCAAUGAUGAAUCGAUUUUAUUGCAAAAAAUACAUGAAGAGUGUAUGCCUAAAUUUGGACAAACUAAUGUAAAACUUGUUGAGAUCCAAUCCUCACGUUCAUUAUUGUAUGUGAUACAAUUGUGGUUUAAUAAAUUGAGAGAUAUCUCGAAAACUUUACAAACUGAAAUAGAGGAUUUAAAUUAUUUCAGUGAGAAUGUACGGGCACGCAAUCAAGUAAGUCCAGCUAUCUGGAGAAAUAUUAUGCAUUUGGUGAAUUCUGUUUAUGAUUGUCAUUUAAGUGAAAUAAGAGAAGUACAAAAAUCCAAAAAGGAUAUAGAGAAACAAAAAAAGACUCCCAAAAAGAAAAUUUUGUGUAAAUUAUGCUCCAUACGUAACUCCAUGAAUGCUUUCGAAUGUCUGUUAUUUGAUAAAGUUAUUGAUAAGGAGACAAAUGAUACAGAAGGUUUGGAAAAUCCUUCCUUUGAAAUGUAUCUUUGUAAAUUAACAUUCCAUUUCAUUAAAAACAAACAUCGUAUUUUAAUCAAUAUUAUGGAAAAGUGCUGGUUGUAUUUGGAAAAUAUGCAAUUGUUUUGUAAGCGUUUAAUAAAAUUUUGGAUUGAAAUGGAAUAUACGAUUAAAGCUUAUGAUGAAUUGAAUAUGUGUAAAAUGCGCAUCACUUUAACCGAUGAUGCCGAAGAUAAAUCUAUUUUUAAGAUAAUGGAAAAUGAAAUUGAAGGACGUUUAUUGGAACAACAAAAUGAACUUGUGAAUGCUCAACAUCAAUUUACCAUAAAAUUGGCCCGAUUAAGAUAUAUUAAACAUUUAGAGGGCAAUGAUGAUCCGGGUCCCUGUCCUAUAUGCCGUUUAACCGAAGAUGAUAGAUAUGCUGUUUUGGAAUGUGGUCAUCAUAUAUGUUUUCCUUGUUUGAAAUCGAUACGUUUAUAUGUUAAGGGCAGCCACUUUAAAUGUUCAAUAUGUCGUAAUUUACAACAAAAUCAAAAAAUAUAUUACGUAAGUCGGUCCAAAACAAAAUCGAUUGAUAGUGAAAUAAUUAUAAAGGGAAACUAUUCAUCGAAAAUCACCUAUAUAGUGCGCUUAAUUUUCAAAUUACAAAGAGAAAAAAUUGAAGCACUUCAAGAGAAGCAAAGUGAUUCCACUAUUGAUGAAGAAGCCAAAGAAAAUAACGUUAAAAUAUUAAUAUUUUCACAAUGGGAGCCUAUUAUACAAGCAAUUGCCUUGGCGCUCAAUGAAAAUAAUAUAAAAUAUCGGGCACAAUGUACACCAAAAACAAUUGAAGAGUUUAAGAAUCCAAGUCUUGGCAUUACAUGUCUGCUAAUGCCUUUUGUAAGAGGCUCGAAAGGUUUGAAUUUAGUUGAAGCAACACAUGUUUUUCUAGUGGAACCCAUUCUCAAUCCAGGCGAGGAAUUACAGGCUAUAGGACGAGUUCAUCGUUUUGGACAACAUAGACAAACUACUGUACAUCGUUUCAUUGUGCAAGAAUCAAUUGAGGAAAAGAUUUAUAAUUUUAUUAUAUCUUCCUCUUCUACCUCAAGUGAUGCGACCGGUUUACAACGUAAAUGGGAAUUUGACAAUAUAACUCUAAAGGAUUUCGAAAAUUUAUUUACUUUAGAAAACGGUGAAUGUGAUUAAAUGUAAAAUUAUACAUUUUUUCAUUAAAAACAACAGUAUUUUAUAUUAUUUAACUAGUUCUUUGCUUUACAUGGAGAUUAUGGAUUGUUUCCUUAUAUCAGGAUUCAUGAAAGAAAACUACAUCUUGGUUUUUUUUCUAUAGAAAAUUUUAUUUGUAAGAAUUUAUUUAAGAAUAAAUUAUUAAUAACAUAUUAUUUAAUACAAAAUUUUAAGUAUAAAAGUAUUUUUGUA